CUUGUUCGUUUUCUGCGCAACACCCGAACAAAGGCCUGCCCCUUUUUCAUGAGGAUUUCUCUACCGCCAUCGUUACUUUACGUGUAAUCACGAUUACUAAAUCGGAUUACGGUACUUUUAUUAUAAUUCAAGACGUCGGUACCAGUGAAGGUAGAGUCCGAGAUGGAUGUGGAUCACAGUGAGCCCGGCGGCGAGACUAAAUCGGCCAUGCACACUUGGCGUUAUCGCCACCAUUUCACGUACAAGGCAGAUCAAGGGAAAAAUAUCAUCGUCCAGUGUAAUCUAUGUCUGCCGAGGGUUAAUCUGCUCUCCACGUCGAAAACCUCCACAUCAAACCUUAAGAAGCAUUUAGACAGAACACAUUUGGGCUGCGAAGCCAGGCCCGAUGCCAAGAGGGGAAGGAAGAAAGAGGAGCACAACGGCGAAGAGAGCCGGCACUGCCAGCUCAAAAAACUUAAAGCGGAGAUCAUCUCCAAGUGCAUGACCCAGGCAAAGACUGACGAUCUGAUUUUCAACUUCAUCGUGGAGGAUUGUCAGUCGUUUUAUCUGCUAGAGCAACCGGGCUUCAGGAAGCUGAUCGCAGGCUUGACAGAAGGGUUAAAGUCCAUGGACAGGGUGACCUUAUUUACAAAGGUGGACCAGGGUUUCUCCCGGAUGCGGGAAGAGCUGAUGGCGAAACUGAGCACCGUCCAGUACGUGUGCACCACGGCCGACGUCUGGACGGCCAACAACAGAAGCUUCUUCGGGAUGACCUGUCACUGGAUCGACCAGGACUCUUUGGAGAGGAAAUCUGCCGCCCUGGGCUUUGCACGGCUGCAGGGCCGGAUUACGUACGACACAAUCGCCGGGCGGAUACACGACAUCCACGUGGCGUACAACAUCGAAAGCAAAGUGCAGACCACGGUCACAGACAACGGCAGCCCCUUCGUGAGCGUCUUCAAAGAGUUCGCGGUGGACAGCUCGGAGAGCGACGACGACAUUGGCUUCUACGAGAACGUGAGCGCCGUCCUGGAGGGCGAGCCGGAGCAGGACAUGCUCCUGUUUCUGCCCACGGUGCAGCGCUGUGCGUCGCACACCCUCGAGCUGGUUGUCUCGGAGGACUUCUGGCAGGCGGUGUCGCAGGGGCCCAUGUGCCAGCUGCAUUACAGCGCCAUGGCCAAGGUGUACGCCAUAUGGAGCAAAUGCCACCACCUUCAGGUCGGCAUGGAUGCGGCGGAGGAGAUAGGAAAGAUGGCGCUCGUCGUGCCCGCAGUCAUACGCUGGAACGUGGAGUACUGUGCCGUGCAGAAGAUCGUCUCUCUCACCGAGCGGGAGCUGACGGAGCUGUGCGCCCGCCUCGAGGUCCCGCGAAUGCAGCCCGAGGAGAUGGCCUUCCUGAAGGAGUACGUGACGGUGUUCCACCCGCUCGCGUUUGCACUUGAACUCUUCCAAGCGGAGCAGAAAUGCUACCUUGGGCUGGUCAUCCCGACUGUCCUCAGCCUGAAGAACAAGCUAAGUGAGCAGAAAGACGCGGCGACUUACUUCAGCGACGUCAUCAACGCCAUGGUGGUGGCUAUCGACGUGCGGUUCCAGGAGCUGUUUGCCAGCACGGAGGCGAAGAUCGCAACGGCGACGACUCCUCAGUUUCGCUUGUGGUGGAUGGGCGCCUCCGAGAGGGAGGAGAUGUGCACCCUGCUGGCUACAGAGGCGUCCCAGGUGGAUCCCUGCAACGUGACGGAGACCAACCCCAGCCGCAGUCUGUCGACCAUCGAGUCGGAGGACGACUUCUUCAGCUACGGGCCCGUCAAGCCCGCCAUCCAGAUCCAGCAGCGGGGAGUGAUGGACGAGAUCCGCAAGUACGUUGAAGGAACGGGGAAAAGCCUCGAGUGCCUGCAGGACUUCCCCAGAGUGAAGCAGCUCUUCCUCAAAUACAACACCACGCUGCCGUCUACGGCUCCGGUCCAGCGCCUCUUUAGCCAGAAAGGCAACCUGGUCACCUCGCAGAGAAACUUUCUGACCGACGACUACUUCGAACGCAUUCAGCUGCUGCGAUACAACAGCAACGUGUGCACCUCGGUCACUGAGUGAACACGUCCCCCCGCGACUCUCUCUGUCUUUCAGCCUUUUAAUCGAUGCAGAAUCAAACCAUGUUGUGCUAAAAAUCAUUACAGAAGGACCCCUGAGUAAGAUCUCGUUUCAGACAAUUUAGCCCGGAUGUGAUUUCUGUUUUGUAAUACGCCUCUCCGAACCAUGUUUUUGAUAGCAUACCUUCCAACUCCUGAACGGCAUCAUGGAAAUAUCAAAUUGACAAUCAAAGGACAAUGGCAUUCAAGGACUGAACAUACUGACGAAAGCAUCUUUCUAUCUGUGCUAUUGUUGUGAUUUGAAGUAGCCACGGGGUGCAACUGAAGCGAUUCGGUCUUUCAGUGAAGCUAGUGUGUCUUUUUCUACAGCUCUUCGACAAGAAUGCAUCUCCUGUCUGUAUGUUUUAUAUCAUAUAUAAAGAGAUACGGAAAGAGCCUA